GGAUGUAUUUUCCUUUCUUUCAAUUAUUUACUGGUACCAAACAAGUACCGGAGAAAAUUUUCCUCUUUGGUUUUCUGAAUUUCUGAUGGUUGACUCUAAUUUUCGGAGGUGAAGGUGCUAAAUCUAACGUUGGUCGAAAUGUGGAGCCGAGGUUUCAGUGUUUUGAUCAAGGGUUGCCUUUUGUUGGUGUUAAUAUCUGUAAUUUCUGGUCUGGAACCCGAACUUGGAUCGACCCGCGUUGUCUUUCAGACAAAUUAUGGGGAUAUUGAAUUUGGUUUCUUUCCAAGUGUUGCACCCAAAACUGUUGACCACAUUUUUAAGCUUGUGCGACUUGGAGGCUAUAACACUAAUCAUUUCUUUCGGGUGGAUAAGGGAUUUGUAGCCCAAGUAGCAGAUGUUAUAAAUGGAAGAUCUGCUCCCAUGAAUGAAGAACAGAAAAGAGAAGCUGAAAAGACUGUUGUUGGUGAAUUUAGUGAAGUCAAACAUGUUCGGGGUAUUCUUUCUAUGGGAAGGUAUGAUGAUCCAGACAGCGGUUCAUCCUCAUUUUCAAUACUACUUGGAAAUGCUCCUCAUCUAGAUGGCAAGUAUGCAAUAUUUGGAAGAGUUACUAAAGGUGAUGAAACGUUGACAAAGCUAGAGCAACUACCCACCCGUAGAGAGGGUAUAUUUGUAAUGCCAACUGAACGCAUCACUAUCCUGUCAUCAUAUUACUAUGACACAGAGACAGAAAAUUGUGAACAAGACAGAUCAAUCUUGAAGCGCAGGCUAUCUGCAUCAGCUGUUGAAGUUGAAAGACAGAGGAUGAAAUGCUUCCCCUGAUGAGAGCAAGUUGAAUAUGAAGUUGGAAUGAAUGUUACACUGUUGUAUUCGCUUUUUUUAUUAUAUCUAAUCAGAGAUAUUGGUUUUUGUUAAGUGUGAGAAAUUAUUCUAAACAUGCACAAAUAUAAAUUCAAAUACAGUCCAAUUUUAAGCUGUUGAAAUGAAAGAAUGAGAAAUAAGAUUUAAGUU